AUGCUUCUUAGAAACAGAAGUAUAAAAUUCGAUCGGAUUUUGCACGUGGAUCAGAAGCUGAACAUACUCCAGCUUCAUUCUUCCUCAGAGACUGAAAUUGAAAGAAUUACGAGAAUAAUCAACGACCAUCCAUUUCCUGAAAAGCCAUUGCAUCCCACUCUUCGCUCUCAGAUUCCACCGACUGCAUUGUCGACCCCUUUUGUGGAAAAUGUUCUUGGUAGAUUGUUUGCUGCGCACUCAAACGGCCUCAAAGCGUAUGAGUUCUUCCAAUAUUCCCUUCUCAGUAACCAGUACGUUCCAAGUUCAGAUGCUUUUGAGAAGACUCUCCACAUACUGACACGAAUGCGAUACUUUGACAAAGCCUGGGAAUUAAUGGAAAUAAUCAAGCAGACUCACCGUUCCUUGCUCACUCUGAAGUCAAUGAGCAUCAUGUUAUCGAAAAUUGCUAAAUUCCAUUCCUAUGAAGACACUCUGGAAGCAUUUGGGAAGAUGGAGACAGAGAUAUUUUCAGGGAGUACAUUUGGCACGGAUGAGUUCAAUGUACUGCUUCGAGCAUUUUGCACACAGCGGCAGAUGAAAGAAGCGAGAUCUGUCUUCAACAAGCUGCAUUCUCGAUUCUCUCCCAACACCAAGACGAUGAAUAUUUUGCUUUUGGGGUUCAAGGAAUCAGGUGAUGUUACUGCAAUAGAGUUGUUUUAUCAUGAGAUGUUUCGAAGAGGUUUUAAGCCUAACAAUGUCACUUACAAUAUUAGAAUUGAUGCUUAUUGUAAGAAUAGAUGUUUUGGUGAUGCUAUGAGACUUUUUGAAGAAAUGGAACGUGUUAAUUGCCUCCCUACAGUAGAAACAAUUACCACUUUGAUUCAUGGAGCAGGGAUGGCUCGAAAUAUUUCCAGGGCUAAACAAUUGUUCAAUGAAAUUUCGACGAGAGGUUUAAAGCCAGAUUCUGGGGCUUAUAAUGCCCUUUUGAGUUCUGUUGUCAGAUCCAGGGAUAUGAGUUCAGCAGCAGCCUUAUUUGAAAAGAUGGAAAAGAGAAACAUUGAGCAUGAUAAUGUCACUUACCAUACUAUGUUUUUGGGAUUAAUCAAAUCAAAGGGGAUUGAUGGUGUCUCUGAACUCUAUCAAAAGAUGAUUGAGAAGAAUUUUUUGCCCAUGACACGGACGGUUGUGAUGUUAAUGAAGUUCUUCUGUGAGAGCCGAAGAGUUGAUUUGGGUUUGGAUUUGUGGAGGUACUUGGUGAAGAAAGGGCAUUGUCCACACAGUCAUGCCUUGGACCUCCUGGUUACAGGGUUAUGUUCCCGUGGGAGAGUUCAAGAAGCAUUUGAGUGCUCUAAGCAAAUGCUAGAGAGAGGCCGUCACAUGAGUGAGCUAGUGUUUCAGAUGUUGGAGAGGUUUUUAGUUCAGACGGGAGAGUUGGACCAACUGCGGGAGCUGGAGCACAUGACAAAGAAGUUAAAAAUAUUGUUGCCUCCUUCCAAAGAGUGCGCUAUUUAG